AUGGAAUUCAAAUGGAAUGGAUCAAACUAUGAGACAUUGGCUUCAAUGAUCAAAUUACAUGCUACUACACAAGGCAAAUUGGGUUACUUGACUAGCGACAUUGAUGCCCCUGAUUCUCAAGACCCACAAUUUGGGAAGUGGAAAAUUGCUGAUGCUACUGUGAAAAGUUAG